AUGAGGCCAAUAUUGAUGAAGGGGCACGAGAGGCCAUUGACGUUUUUAAAGUAUAAUAGGGAAGGGGAUCUACUCUUCUCUUGCGCCAAAGACCACACUCCGACGGUUUGGUUCGCCGACAACGGCGAGCGUCUCGGCACCUACCGUGGCCAUAACGGGGCCGUCUGGUCCUGCGAUGCCUCCAGGGAUUCAACAAGGCUUAUAACUGGAAGUGCAGACCAGACAGCAAAGCUAUGGGAUGUUCAAACUGGAACUCAGCUUUACACCUUCAAUUUUGAUUCCCCAGCCAGGUCUGUUGAUUUUGCAGUUGGUGAUAAGCUGGCAGUAAUUACCACCGACCCUUUUAUGGGAUUAACUUCUGCUAUUCACAUCAAGCGCAUAGCCAGAGACCACAGUGACCAGACUAGCGAAUCUGUUGUCAUUCUCAAAGGGCCCCAGGGAAGAAUUAACAGAGCAGUUUGGGGACCUCUGAAUAAGACAAUAAUAAGUGCCGGUGAAGAUGCUAUUGUUCGUAUCUGGGAUUCUGAGACAGGGAAAUUACUGAAAGAGUCUGACAAGGAAGAUGGCCACAAGAAACCCAUUACAUCCCUUUCAAAAUCUAAUGAUUGUUCACAUUUCCUCACGGGUUCCCUAGAUAAAUCUGCUAAGCUUUGGGACUCAAGAACUCUGACGCUCAUCAAGACAUAUGUAACUGAACGCCCGGUGAAUGCAGUUGCAAUGUCUCCACUUCUAGACCAUGUGGUUCUUGGAGGUGGUCAGGAUGCAUCAUCUGUCACCACCACAGAUCACCGUGCUGGAAAAUUUGAAGCCAAAUUCUAUGACAAGAUCCUUCAAGAAGAAAUAGGUGGCGUCAAAGGCCACUUUGGACCUAUAAAUGCAUUGGCAUUUAAUCCUGAUGGGAAAAGUUUCACGAGUGGAGGUGAAGAUGGAUACGUGCGAUUGCACCACUUUGAUUCAGAUUAUUUCAACAUCAAGGUUUAG